AACCGCGUCGAACCAACUAUAUAAACGACUUCGUCUCCACCCCCCACGCCCCAUCUCCAUUCAUAAACCCUAAUUCCCAAACCUAACGGGAGGUUUCAAUCGACCGUGAGAACAAUGGCGGCUGAAGAUGGUGUUGCGGCUGAAGUAUCUGCCACUCCAGUUCUUGGAGAGCCCAUGGAUCUAAUGACGGCUCUGCAACUGGUGAUGAAGAAAUCACUGGCGCACGAUGGGCUUAUUCGCGGGCUUCACGAAGCGGCCAAAGCGAUAGAGAAGCACGCCGCGCAGCUUUGUGUUCUCGCCGAGGAUUGCGACCAGCCCGAUUAUAUCAAGUUGGUCAAAGCCCUUUGUGCCGAUCACAAUGUGCAUUUGGUCACUGUGCCGAAUGCCAAAACUCUCGGCGAGUGGGCAGGGCUCUGCAAAAUCGACUCGGAGGGAAAAGCGAGAAAAGUUGUAGGUUGUUCAUGUGUGGUGGUCAAGGAUUAUGGCGAGGAAUCGGAGGGCCUUAACGUCGUGCAGGAGUAUGUGAAGGCUCACUAAAAAAACUCUUGCAGCUUUUCACAAGCGAAUCGAACGCUAUGUUUUUCUUACAGUAUUCAGGGAAUGUUUAAUUUUUUUGAGACACCACAACUCAUUUAGAUUCUGGAAUGUCUGUUUUAGGUUGUGUGGAAACCAGUUAAUGUGGAUGGAUGGAUGGAUAUUUCUUGGUCUGCAAUUUGCUGUUAAUUUUUUUUAAGAAAAUUAGCAAUGAAUGAUCAGUCAUGUAAUGCUUGAUUUGGUAAAAUCUCUUCUUUUUUUUUUUC